AUGACUUUUCUUAGGCUCGCUCCAUUGGCUCUCUUCUUCCUUGCCACUUCCUUGUUAUCAAUGAAGCACAUAGAAGCAGGGGCUUGUUUUGGUUUUUGUGAAGUGACUGAGACGGAACCAUGUGGCUCGAAGAUAUGUCUCUGUGUUUCUUUUGCACUAAUUACUGGUAUCUGCGUACCUCCAUUUGCAGUUGAGUCCUAUGCGAAGAGGCUGGAUGAAUAUCCCAACCUAUGUCUGUCACACCAUGAUUGUGUGAAGAAAGGAAGUGGCAACUUUUGUGCUCGUUCUCCUAAUCCAAAUGUACCUUUUGGCUGGUGCUCUCACUCCAACACCGAAGCACUGAAAGGUUUCUUGGCUAUGCCUGAAGCAAUUACCAAGUGA